AUGGCGUCCUUGGUAACCGCCUUUGACAACGGGUCUCUCGCAACGGAUGUCUAUGUCGCCUUUGAGAAGUUCCUUCACAUUCCGAUUUCCCUCGGAUACAGGUUCCUGUUUCUUCUCACGACGCAGGCUUUGAGCUUUGGCAUCGCAGGAUUGUUCCACAAAUUCCUCGUUGAGCCAGCAGCCUGCGUCUGGCCGGGGGUGCUCCCGACUUGCUCCAUGCUGUAUACGAUGCACCAACGGAACGAACAGAACGAGGAAGCUAAUGGAUGGAAAAUAAGUCGCAUGAAGCUGUUUGCUGUGGUUAUCCUAUGCGGGGCACUAUAUCAGUUCCUUCCCGGGUUCUUAUUCACAGGGCUCACAACAUUUGCCUGGAUAACUUGGAUUGUUCCCAACAAUGUCACUGUCAACCAGGUCUUUGGAGCCAUGUCGGGAAUGGAUCUUCUCCCCAUGACCUUGGACUGGAAUCAGAUUACUGGCUAUCUAGGAUCACCUCUCCUUGUGCCCACAUGGGCGUUGACAAACGUGUUCUGUGGCAGUAUCUUUUUCCUUUGGAUCGUGUCUCCUGCGUUACACUGGAGCAAUGUCUGGCAAGGAAUGUACAUGCCGUUUUCUUCGUCAAAGUCUUUUGAUAAUACAGGCAAACCAUACAACACGAGUCGAGUGAUGAACCCAGAUUACUCACUGAAUCAAACUGCCUACCAUGAAUAUUCCCCAGUGUUCCUAUCAACAACGUCUGUUCUUUCAUAUGGAUUGGGAUUUGCCGCUGUGGCUUCAAUCAUAGUCCAUACCGCCCUCUACCACCACCGUGAGAUUUGGUUUGGUCUGCUUGCCAGCAUUGGAAAGUCGUCUGCUGAAGAGAAGCCAGACAUUCACGCGCGGUUGAUGAAGAAGUAUAGACAAGUUCCGACGUGGUGGUAUGGCUGUACCUUUCUAGCCAUAUUCAGCAUCAGCAUCGCUUUUCUCUAUGUCUAUGAUACUGGACUUCCCUGGUAUGGUCUGAUCCUGGCUAUAGUGCUUCACGUAGUACUCUUGUUGCCAACAGGUAUCAUGAUGGCGUACUGCAACAUCAAGCUAUCGACUGCUGUGAUAUCGGCACUCAUAGCUGGGUACAUCUGGCCAGGCAAGAUGAUGAACAAUGUGGUUUUCAAGAUCUUUACUCUGGUUUCAUCUGCUCAAGGGCUCGGCUAUAUCUCGGUCAUGAAGCUUGCCCACUACAUGAAAAUCCCUCCUCGCGUCACGUUCGCGGCGCAGUGCACCGGCAUCAUCGUUUCUUGGCUGACCCAGACCGCAGUCAAUGUCUGGGCGAUGGGCAACGUGGAAGACAUCUGUACGCCCGAAGCAAGCAACAACUUCCUUUGCCCACUUGCUGCAGGCUAUGCCACAAAUGCCACCUUUUGGGGCCUCAUCGGCCCGAAAAGACUCUUCUCGGAGGGCUCGAUGUACCGAUCCAUGCUGUGGUUCUUCCUCAUCGGUGCCGUGUCCCCGAUCAUCCUCUACCUUCUAGACAGACGCUUCCCCAGAGCAACGCUGAGAAAGAUCCACCUGCCCGCAAUCUUCGCAUCCACCGCAUCGAUACCGCCAGCCACCGCGGCAAACUACAUGGCCUGGGGAAUUGUGGGGCUUUAUUUCAACGGCCAUCUCAAGCGCAGGUACCGACGAUGGUGGAUGAAGUACAAUUAUAUCCUGUCAGCUGGACUCGAUGCGGCUCUGGCAGUCGGCAACUUUCUCAUCUUCUUCUGCUUGGCGUACCCCGGUGUUCAGCUGAAGUGGUUUGGGAACGAAAUCACCGCACAAACCGCCGAUGGGAUGGGUGUGCCGUUGCGAACGGUGGAGCGCGGUCGAACCUUUGGACCGCAGACUUGGAAUUGA